AUGCGUCGCUGGUGGCCAGCGCUGCACGCCAUCGCCGCGACCAGGGCGUUUCAGGGACGCACAGCAGAGCAAAGGCCAUGCACUCGCCUGCGCGCACAACAAAACGACGGCUUCGACCCGCGAUUCGGCUGGCUCGGACUGGAGCUCGGGUUUGUGCUUGCAGACGCGGCCAAGCAGGCGAUACGCGGGAAGACCAUUGUUGGUGAUUUAGUUAUCGCGGGCACCGACAACGACAAGCUGCAAAUCAGACAGUCGCAAUCCUACGUAUUGCGACGCAUAUACUGGCAGGGCGUUGACGAUGCUGGGAGCGUCAGGCAGGUCGACGCCGAGGCGCUGGACGAUCCCUGUCCGGCCGCGGGCUACGAGCAGUAUCUGUCCUUGUAUUCGCCGCGGUUCCAUCGCGAGUCUGGACCCGUUGUGGCGCGCCUCGACGAGUGUCGACCGACACGGCUGCGCGAGGAGAUCGCCGAGGCGGCCGUGCUCGGGAUUCCCGGCCUGUUUUGGGUCUUCGUCAGCGCGCAGCUUAUCGAGUACGGGCGCCAGACGGGGCGGAUGUGA